AUGAUGUGCGUAUUCUUAACUUCAGUAUUUUACAGGUUCGACUGGCAGAUGCUAGCACGCAUUGGCUAANUGCAUCUGAAGGUUGGUCAGCAAGUGGCAAGUGAGGCUGAAGGGCAUUGACUUGGGAUCAUCAAUGCACUCUGUUCGCUACCUGUUUAGCCAUCUCCUGGCCUUGCCCUUGAGAACGAUGGAGCGCAGCCGUAAGCUCAAGUGCACCUUGCACAUGCUGGCUUACCUGGACUACCUGAUCCUGAUCGUGGCUGUCACCUCGGGCCUCUACGCCAGCUGGAUCCACACGGGCGACAUGAUGCUGGUGGUGAUCGGCGGUUGCGGGUUGUUCCUGUUCGCCUUCUGUGGGAUGCUAUACUACUACUUCGGCCUGGUGGACAUCAGCUCCAGCGUCACCCACCUCUGGUGCGGCUGCCUCCUGGGUGUGAUCUCCUUCAUCCACAUCGACUCGGGCCGGGCCAGCGAGGUACAAUUCACAGUGACAGUGGCCAUGCUGCUGACCAGCGUGGCAAUCAAGGUCUUCUGGUCGCUGUUGCAGCGGACGUGUGGUCUGGUCGCGUAUACCUCCCAGCUCCUGACCCACGUUGAGACGUUCGAGUUGCUGGGGUUUGCGGUGGCAUGCACGCUUCGCACCCAGGCCCUGUUUUCCAUGUGGCUCAUGGUCUUCGCGUGCGCUUUCACGCUGAUGACACUCCGGCUUAAAACGUUCCUUGCCCUCCCUUGCCUGGUGACAUUUGUCGCUAUAUCAGUAACGUCGUUCUUUAACUCCCUCAAUCUGUAUUUCAAUAUGUUUGCACUGAUUUGCCUGGCGGUUCGCCUCUUCACCGACCCACUGUUUGAUCUGUACUUCAACAGCCUGUCUACCAUGGAGCGUUGGGAUGUUGUGUUCAGCACCCACCGUUGGCUCCGCAAGACUUUCCUCCUCCUGAUCCUGGCCUUUGAGAUCGUUUUCUUUACGCUGGCUGGUGAGUCCACCGUGUCCCACAAGGAGUGGUACUUUGCUGUGCCGGCCUACGUGGUCUUCGGGUUCCUGUGGGUCUGCCUGCACGUCGUCCUGGCGGUGACCAACUGGACCCUGACCAACAAGCUGACGGAGUGCAUCCGGGCCUACCGCAGCCUGCCGCGCCAGUCCAACCGGAGCCUGGGCGGGGUCAUGGCUGCCCGGGGCAUACGCUUCUUCGCCCUGAUCUCCCGCAACCUGGUGCUGACUGCCUUCGCCACCACACUGAUGCUGGGUGGAGUGUCAUGGCAGGACGACAAUGCUGCCUUCAUGGCUAGCUGGCUGGUGGUGCUGCCCAUUGAGAGCAUGGUGCAUGGCCUGCUGUACGAACUAGGUAGCACCCUAGGAGGGACAUGUACAGGUUAUGCCAUAGUGGGCCCCUCAGCCUUUUGCAGAACGGACGGGUCUCCGGUUCUAAUCCCGGCCACCAGCAUGGAAGAAGUUAACAGCCGCUCCAUCAGUCUCCUCAACACCAUGCAGCGCUUCUUCCUUCACCACAUGAUUGAGGUCUUCAGCUGCGACUUCUCCACCAGCGGGCUGGCCCUGGCCACCUUACUGACCAAGAUGCGGUCCUUCUUUGCCCGCGAGAUGCCGGAUGGUCCACGGUUCGACACCUACCUGGUGUACUACAGCGGCCACGUGCACCCAAACGGGGACUGGGCUCUGGCAGACAAUGGCAUCUUUAAAUUUGAGACCCUCAUUUAGCUGUGGGAAGAAGCUGGUCUCAAGGACUCCCAGUCUCGUCUUAUCCUGAUCCAGGACACUAACAGCAUGUCAGGCUGGUUCAAGCAUAUCGGCCGAAACACCAGCCACAUUCUGGCCAUGCAGACCUGCAUCCUGGACAAGUCCAGCAACACCGGCACAGACCCGGAGACCGGGGCUGGCCAAGCCAUGGUGGGGGACUUCACCCACGAAUGGGUAGACUACAACUGCACACCGCUGGAGGAGCAAGAGCAGCAAGGUGCUACUGCGGGGACCUGGAAAGAGCAAGGCCGCAAGAUCCGGGCCGUCUACGCUGUCUCGCGGCCCUGGGUUGAAUUCGAGUUCCACCGGCCCACCGAGGAGGACAUCGAGCUGCACUGGCAACAGGGCUUCCCCCGCCUGACCCACCCUCUGAUCAGGGUCCUCAGGAUCGCCAGCACGCUGGACCUGUUUGGCUACUGCUUCCAGUGCUGGAAUUGCUUGAAGCGCUGGAAGAUGAAAUGGCUGCCCCCACACAUCAUCAACACAGGGCAUGGCUUUAAGCUCGUCAGAUCCUGAUCUGACAUGUAGGACUAGCCUAGCCCAUUAGUCUUGUAAAUGAUCUUAUUUUACAUUUUUUCACAAAACCGAAGACGAUCAAGUGUUCAAAGUGACCUCUCAAUGCCUUGCCUCUCAGUUUAUAAACCUGAAGGUUUGGCCUUGAUGUGAGUGCCCUGUGUAAAUUGUAUCUAGUAAAACGAGGCACCAGGUCACCAGAGCCAGUUCUGAGUUUCAAGAAUCUUGUGUAUUGUAAAUCAGUGGGAACCUGGAACAUUUCUCCCCCACACAGUGUCCAUAUUUACGAGGGUACCAAACUGAGUCAGAUGUCAAAUCUAGCCUCAAGAGUUAUUUUGUGAGAUGUGGCCAGGUUGACAAUUGUAACUUUUGGCUGC